AGGUUAUCUCUGCCACUUACACUUCUCACUUCAGAAAAUGAAGAACACAUAUUUACAAAGUCAUAGGCUUGUGCUUCUAUUUUCAUUUUCUUUGGUCCUAUUUCUUAACACGGAGCUGAGUCUUCUUGCAUCUGCAGGAGGCACAGACAAGAACACCAAGGUUUAUAUAGUUUACCUUGGAGAAAGAGAACACGAUGAUCCUGAACUCGUCACAGCUUCUCAUCAUCAAAUGCUUGAAUCUCUGCAUGAAAGCAAAGAAGAGGCACAUAACUCAAUGAUAUACAGCUAUCAACAUGGAUUCUCUGGUUUCGCUGCGCUUCUUACAUCUUCCCAAGCAAAGAAAAUCUCAGAGCAUCCUUCAGUAAUCCAUGUGAUACCAAACCGGAUUGUGAAACUGAAAACCACAAGAACUUGGGAUCACCUUGGCCUCUCUCAAGUUCCAACUUCUUCUUCUCCAUCAUCUGUGAAAGGUCUUCUCAAUGAAACCAACAUGGGCAGUGAUGCUAUCAUCGGGCUCUUGGAUACUGGAAUAUGGCCAGAGUCAGAGGUAUUCAACGAUCAAGGCUUUGGACCAAUACCUAAGCGUUGGAGAGGAAAAUGUGAAUCUGGAGAAGACUUUAACGCCACCAUUCACUGCAAUAACAAGCUUAUAGGAGCCAAGUACUACCAAAAAGGCAUGAUGGCCGAGAUUAGAGGAAAACGCAAAUCCAUGACCAGAGAAUUCAAAUCCAAUAGAGAUGCAAUUGGUCACGGCACCCAUACAGCCACAAUAGCUGGUGGAUCAUUUGUUUCAAAUGCAAGCUUCUAUGGUCUAGCCCAAGGUACGGUCCGAGGUGGUGCUCCACGGGCCCGUAUAGCCUCCUACAAGGUGUGCUGGGACUUGUUCUUCCUGGGAUGCUCAAUAGUUGAUAUGUGGAAGGCUUAUGAUGAUGCUAUACAUGAUGGGGUUGAUGUUCUCUCGGUUUCUUUAGGAGGGGAUGUUCCGGAGGGUUCUGAGGUCGAUCAAGUCGAUUUUGUCGCGGCUUUUCACGCCGUGACUAAAGGGAUUCCGGUUGUGGCUGCGGCGGGCAACGAUGGUCCUAAUGCUCAGAGUGUUAUAAAUGUUGCUCCUUGGUUCUUGACCGUUGCUGCAACUACUCUUGACCGGUCUUUUCCUACAAAGAUCACUCUUGGCAAUAACCAAACCUUCUAUGCUGAAUCUUUGUUCACUGGACCGGAUAUUACAACCGGUUUAGCUUUCUUGGAGUCAUACAGUCACAAUACUACUGGUAUGAAGGGGAAAACAGUUCUUGCUUUCGAUAAACGUGUUCCAAAGGAAGGUCUAGGAGCAGUCAUUUUAGCUCAAAGCGUUCCUGAUGAAUCUUAUCCCUACAUUUUAACAAGUUACGAACAUGGAGCCGACAUUUUACAAUACAUCCGCACAACCAGAUCACCUACUGUGAGAAUAAGCGCGGCAACGACAUUAACUGGUCCCCCUGCAGCUGCAAAGGUUGUUGUGUUCUCAUCUAGAGGUCCUAACUCUGUCUCACCAGCCAUUCUCAAGCCUGAUAUAGCAGCUCCUGGUGUUAACAUACUCGCGGCGCUAAAUCCUCUUAAUCCUGACAGCCACAACGGAUUUGGACUACUUUCAGGGACAUCAAUGUCGACUCCUGUUGUCUCCGGAAUCACAGCUCUCCUCAAAUGUCUACACCCUGAUUGGUCUCCUGCUGCUAUUAGAUCAGCUUUGGUCACAACAGCUUGGAGGACAAGUAAGUCUGGAGAACCUAUCUUUGCUGAAGGAUCAAGCAAGAAGCUUGCAGAUCCAUUUGACUAUGGAGGAGGUCUUGUAAACCCUGAAAGCGCCGCAGACCCUGGACUUGUUUACGAUAUGGGGAUCAAAGAUUACAUCAGUUACAUGUGUUCAGCUGGUUAUAACGACACAUCGAUCUCUCGUGUCCUCGGUAAAAAGACUAACUGUCCAUCUCCUGGGGCAUCGAUUCUCGAUAUCAACUUACCUUCGAUAACAAUUCCAAAUCUUGAUCAAGAAGUCACACUCACGAGAACUCUAACGAACGUUGGACCGAACAAUUCAGUCUACAAAGCUGUGAUCGAGUCUCCUCUCGGUGUUACUCUCACUGUCUCCCCGACCACACUCGUGUUUGGCUCUGGAGAGGUGCUCUCUUACGCGGUGACGGCUAAAACGAGUCAUGAAGUCAACACUGGUUACUUUUUUGGAAGCUUAACGUGGACUGAUGGUGUUCAUGAUGUUAGAAUCCCUGUCUCUGUUCAGACAACGAUCAUGACCAAGCCUUGAGAGACAUAAACUCAAAUCUCUAUUCAAAAUGUGUAAUCAAGAUCAUUAUAAUAAUAAAGAUCAAAUCAUAUUGAAAAAAAAAACGUAACGUUUC